AGUAGGAUCGAUAAUAUUGAAUUCUGGUUGACAGUUUACACAUGCACGUCAUUCACAAGCCAUGCCUCUGUCGCCCUGGGCACGGAGCACUGAUCAACCGGGAAGUGAGUACAUACACGCAUGUGUGCAAUGCCUGCGUGUAGGCCAGUAUGACAUACUGUGGAGAAGACUGGCUGCGUGGCGCCAGACACAGAAAAGACUUGGAGUACUUGUUCAGUAAUGAAAUCUUAGAAGAAUUUGACGACAUGAGAAUGUGGUUGUUUCUACUGAGGAAUGUCAUUCUCCACGAGGUGAAGGUUACAGGGGUCUAUGAAACUCUUCAGAAUCUUUGGAAACUGCAUGAUGAAGUCGUCCGGUCAUGGGGCCAGACAUCGAGACUGUUCCUCAGUGGUGACCAUUCCACAAGCGUUCGUGACUGUCUCAUCUCCAUCUACAACGCCGUCACUACGGCUGCUGACAACUACAGCCUCUCGCAACUUCUACCACCACCCAUAUUCAAAAACGGCGAGCUUGUGCGACCAUCACUCUCAUCAAAAACAACCCUUGUAAGGAAAAUAAUUAAGAAGACCUGCAAUGCAAAACCAACCACUGCAAUGAAAGAGCGACGUCGGGUUCAAAAACAGUCACCAGAACGAACGACUCACGACCGGUCUAUCCUCAAUACAUUGCACCAAAACGUGAUUGAAACGGAAGAACGGCUUCAGGUUCAUGUUGAACACGACUUAGAGACGGUUUAUGAACAAUUGAAUUCAGAAAGGAAACUGACAAAUGGCUUAAAGCAUUUUGAAGAACCAGUCGAUUCCCACGACCAUUCCGAAGAAAAGAGAAUUUUGAAUACGUCUUCGAGGUCUAAAACAGCACCCGGAGAUGAACACACGUCACAAGCCCCUGAGGAACAAGGAACGCGUGGUCUUGCUACAGACUUUGAAAAGAUGGAACGUUGUAAAGACAAUUCAUACAAGUUACCGACGGUUCAUGAGUCUGUCGGAGAAGCAUGCGUUUAUUGUCAUGACAAGAAGUCACUACUCCGUGCGGAUUCGGAAGAAACUACAAACAACACGUGUGGAAAGUCAAGAAUUUGUUCCUUACAAUGAUUUUAUGGAACAUGAGGAUGGGGAGGUUCCACUUAAAGGGGGAACUACUCUCCACGGUGCCCAUGUCUAGUCGAGGUGCAUAUGGUCUAUUUGAACAUUAAUGUUAUCAUCAAUUUCAAGGUCAAACAAUGUGCCUAGCUAACAAAUUGGUGGUGUGUGAGUCACGAUUUUCCCCAGCUUCAUCUCCAUUAAAGCAUCAGAAUGCUUACUUGGCAGAAAAAAACAGGAAGAACUGACAACACUAUAUUCCUUAUUGCCAGAUUGAGUUGAGGUGAGGUGAAAUGGGGUUUAAUGCUGGUUCUAAGAUUGUUGCACCUAUAUAGCAACGUUUGUCUCGCGUGGGUGCUUGUACUAGUCAGGACAGAUGCCGAUUUUAUAGUGCUAGCUCAUUGAGAUACCAUGAAUCAGUGUAACAUGACUACCCCACUCAGACACAGCAUACUGACUC